AUGGAACAUGAACUCGGUGUGAUACGAAAAGAACGCAAGUUGGCUUCAGACUGGCCAGCGAAACAACAGAUCUUCGCGCUGGUUGAGCUGGCUGUGCCGCUAUUCAUCUACGCUGCCACUGUGUGUCGAUAUGUUGGUAGCAAAGGAAGCAGUCCUACGGCUUUUCUGAACAAGGUCCUGCAGUAUCAAAAGGCGACCUUUUCGCAGCUAGAUCGGACGUACCUCCCUGUGCUCGACCAGCUGCUUAGUGAGCAGGAGGAAGACGAGAAGGAGGCGUGGCUUCAGGCUUUCCGAGAAGUCGUCGGCAGUGUUGUUGUUCUUCAAAGCCCACUCUCGGCUGUCUCACUUGCGCAGCUGCUUCAAGUUCCAAAAGAGGAGAUCCAGUGUCGACUCGACUCUUUGCACUCUGUUCUUAGUGUUCCUAACGGCGAGGACGCACCUGUUCGCCUUUUGCACUUAUCCUUUCGCGAGUUCCUUGUCGACCCCCAAAAACAAGGAAAGAGCCUGUUCUGGGUAGACGAGAAAAUCACGCACAAGAAGCUCGCCUCUCGUUGCCUUAAGCUUAUGUCUGGACCAAGCGGCCUACACCAAGACAUGUGCAGCCUUCCAGGACCCGGGGCCCUAAGGAGCGAGAUUGACGAGGGGAGAAUUACUAGUGGGUUGUCACCUGACCUACAGUAUGCGUGUCGUUACUGGGUCGAUCAUCUUAAGCAGGGUCAGGAAGACAUCAUUAAUAGAGACAUGACCCACCUCUUCCUGCAGAAGCACCUUCUUCAUUGGCUCGAAGCCAUGAGCCUUAUAGGAGAACUAAGCAGAUGCGUCGACUUGCUCGACAGCCUCCAAGCACUUGCCAGCUCUGUGCUCGCAGAUGCGCCGCUGCAGAUCUAUUACUCCGCACUCGUGUUUGCACCGGAGAGGAGCCUAGUACGACAAACUUUUAAAGAACAAGUGCUAGAGAAGGUCAAGAUGCUGUCUAUGAGAGAAGCAGACUGGGAUGCGUGUCGCAGCACGCUCGAGGGCCAUUCCUUCCAUGUCAGCGCGGUGGCCUUCUCGCCAGACGGGCAGCUAGUCGCGUCGGGAUCUUGGGACAAGACAGUACGGCUGUGGGAGGCGGCGACGAGGACGUAUCGCAACACGCUCGAGGGCCAUUCCUCUGGUGUCAGCGCGGUGGCCUUCUCGCCAGACGGGCAGCUGGUCGCGUCGGCAUCAGGUGACAAGACAGUACGGCUGUGGGAGGCGGCGAAGGGGACGUGUCGCAGCACGCUCGAGGGCUCUUCUCGUAUCAUCACUUAUGUCGAUUUCUCGCCAGAUGGCCAGGUACUUCGCACUAACCAAGGCGAUAUUCCUUUGCCUCAAACUCCUGUUGUGACAUCGCUCUGGAGGCCGCAGCUGCAGUUCUUCUAC